AUGGAUAGAAAAGCUAGAGAAUAUGCACAAGAUUUAUUGGAAUUUAUUCGCAAUAGUGGUAGUAGUUUUUUAGCUUGUAAAAAUUUACGCGAAAAAUUAAAAAAAAAUAAUUUUAUUCAUCUAAAAGAAGGGGAAAAAUGGAAUUUAAAAACAAAUGAGGCUUAUGUCUUAUCUAAGGAAAACAGAAAUAUAUGUAGUUUUUUUAUUGGAAAAAAUUUUAAUAUGGAAAAUGGUUCUAUUUUAAUAUCUAUUGGACAUAUUGAUUCUUGUUCUCUAAAAAUUUCACCAAAUAAUAACAUAAUAAAAAGUAAAAUAAAUCAAAUAAAUGUAGAAUGUUAUGGGGCAGGAAUGUGGAAUACAUGGUUUGAUAGAGGUUUGGGAUUAUCAGGUCAAGUAGUAUAUAAAAAAGAAGAUAAGUUAAUUGAAAAAUUAAUUCAAAUUAAUAAAUCUUUAUUUUUUUUACCUAGUUUGGCUAUUCAUUUACAAAAAAGAACCAGAUUUGAUUUUUCUCCUAAUAUAAAUUAUGAAGAUCAUUUGAAGCCAAUCCUUUCUACUACAUUAUUUGAUAAUAUGGUGAAGAAAGAUACAAUGAAAAAUUCAUUAAAUGAUAUACUUAAAAAAAAUGACUCCUUAUCAGAUAAUAAAAAAAUAACAGAAGAAAAAGAAAUAGAAAAGAAAAUGAUAAAUAAUAACUCAUCUCCCUUACUUUAUAUUUUAUCGAAAGAAUUAAAUUGUAAAGAAGAAGAUAUAUUAGAUUUUGAAUUAUGUUUAAUAGAUGCACAAGACCCUUGUUUUACAGGAGCUUAUGAAGAAUUUAUUGAAGGUCCACGAUUUGAUAAUCUUGUUGGUUCUUAUUGUAUUUUUGAAGCAUUUAUUGAAUUAGUAAAUAAUAUAAAAAAUAAUGAAAAAAAUAAUAAUAGUUAUUAUGAUAACAAUUUAUAUAUAUGUAUUGGUUAUGAUCAUGAAGAAAUUGGUUCACUAAGUGAAGUUGGUGCUAAAUCAUAUUUUACCAAAAAUAUAAUUGAGAGAAUUAUUAGAUGUGUUUUUAAAAAUGAAUUAAAUAAUAAUGAAACAUCUAUAGAUGAAAUAUAUGGAAGUUUAGUUACUAGAUCAAUAUUAUUAAGCGUUGAUAUGUCUCACUGUAGUCACCCCAACUAUCCUGAAACUAUUCAAAAUAACCAUCAGUUAUAUUUCCAUGAGGGAAUAGCUAUUAAAUAUAACACAAAUAAAAAUUAUGUAACAUCUCCAUUUUAUGCUAGUUUAGUUAAAAGAACUUUUGAAUUAUUUUCAGAAAAAAAUGAACUAAUAAAACAUCAAAAUUUUAUGGUUAAAAAUGAUACUCCAUGUGGAAGUACAGUUGGUUCUAUGCUUGCUGCCAGUUUAUCUAUGCCAGGUAUAGACAUUGGAAUCCCACAACUAGCUAUGCAUUCAAUUAGAGAAAUCGCAGGAGUUCAUGAUAUUUAUUAUUUAAUAAAGGGUACUUUAGCUUUUUAUACUUAUUAUAACAAAGUAUUAUCUUGUUGUGAAAUUGAUUCAUAA